UUUAAAUGUUACAGGCCCGCCUCUGGAGAGAAGACGCUGUUGUGGUCACUAAGCAGGAGCAGCGAGCACUCCGGAAUAAUGUCAACCUUAUCCCCAGAUGAGCUGAGGAAGAGACUUUAUCAAACUUUUAAAGAUAAAGGAGUACUUGAUACACUCAAAACUCAGCUGCGCAAUCAACUCAUCCAGGAGUUAAAACACCCGCCUUUGACUGGAGGUGAACCAGUUCCCAGGUCUGUCUCUGCAAGAUCUGAAUCCCUUUUGGUUUCAGCAUGUAACAACAUAGUAGCUGAUCAUCUUCGAAGCUCAGGGUAUGAGUACACCUUAUCCAUAUUCUACCCUGAAAGUGGCCUGAGCAAAGAGAAGGUUUUGACAAAAGGAGACCUUCUUCAGCUUCUUAAAAUUAGUCCUGAAUCAGCACUUUAUAAAUCUCUGUCUCAAGACAAAGACAACAAUGAUAAUGGGUUCCUUAUCAGCCUUCUAUCACAACUAACGCAUCAUUAUACUCGUGGCCUGUACCAUGAUUCUGACACUCAGACAACCAGCAUUGCAACUUAUGGAGAGUCUCUCGUUGAGAAGAUGAAAAGUAUCGAUAAGGAAUACGAGGGCUUCAGUUACAACAAGGACAAAUGGUUUCCGUUCCAAUCCAAAAUGGCUGAGUAUAGAAAAGAGAUUGAAGCGCAGAUGCAAGUGGAAAUGAAUACAAAGAUGCAGCAUUUUAAGGAUGUUGAAAUUGCCAAGGUGAAGAUGGAAGAAAAAGCUCAAUUUCACAAAGAAUUUGAUAAGUUGAAGCAAGAGCUGGACAGGAAUCAUGAAAUGAAGGCGAAGGCAUUGAUCGAACGGGAGAAAAAUGCCAUUGAUCGCUUACAAAAACAACAAGAGAUUGAAGAAAGAAAUGUAUACAUGCAGAGACAAACAAUACUGAAAGAAAUUGAAACGGUGCGGAACAGAGACAAUGAGAUGAGACUGCGAACGGAGGCUUUUGAAAAGACUCGUCAAAUUCAUGAAGAGAAGCUGAAGACUACUGAAGAGCUGCUGAGGAGGAGAGAACUGGCCGUAAAGACGAUGGAGGACAUGUAUGACCAAAAUUUGAAGAAUGAACUCUCCAGAUAUCAGCUGGAGUUGAAGGAGGAAUUCAUCAAGAGAACAGAGAAACUAACAGAGAAUGAGAACAGAAACAAGUUGGAAACUGCUCGUAUCCAGAAGGACUCAGCUGCAAUUAAUGCCAAAGUAGAGGAGCACAAUAGAACAAGUUCAGAGCUGAGGCGGCUGCAGGUUGAUCUGGACACAGCACAGCAGCAGGCUUCCCUGCUGAGUCAACAGAAGGAGCUGCUUAGGGAAAGACUGGAGACCAUGAGUGACUAUCCCUGCUUAAAAAGAGAGAAAGCAGAGCUGCAGGGCCAACUGCGGCUGCUGAAGAGACAGUUUGAAGAGGCCCAGGAGGAAAACCGGCUUCUCCAUGCAGACUUGGGCAAGCCAUCCAAAGAGCAGCUGGCCUUACAGAUGGAGCUACGGAGGCUGCAGAGCGCUCGCAGGCUGGAUGAGGAAGAGUUUGACAACCAGAAACAGGUGCUGCAGGCACAGCUCCAGAGUGAGGUGGAGCGAUGUGCUCAGCUCAAAGCCCAGCUGAUAGAGAGCGAGGAGAGGUCACAGUGGAUGACUGGCCAUAUUGAGGACAUCAAGAUGCAGCUUCGACAAACUCAACUAGCUCUUGAAAAUGAAGUGCUGCGUAACCCCAAGCCGUCUCUUGUUGAUCGCUCGGUAUUGGAGCUAAGUGCCGACAAGCUGGUUCCUCCUGACAUCUAUGUGGACAGAGCGGUGCUGAGGGGCAGGAUGGGUUAUGAUGAUGUUUAUGAAGCAGGUGUGCCCUCGCGAGGACACAAGUCACCUUGGGGUGAGGCUCCAGAUUCCGACGUGGAGCUGGUGGCUGAAGCCAAAUCUCGGAUCCAGGAGCUGCAGAAGGAGGCUGAGACCUUGGAGGAAGCAUACAGGAACUACCAGCAGAGGGCAGUACGCUCUACCAUCUCACACAUGCUUCCUCCCAGACCUCUGUCCCUUCAACAAGCACAUCUCUCACAUCGGCCUGACUCUCCCCUAAGGAAACACAUUUCUCACCACUCAACCCAAAAGCAAAAGGUAUCGCUCAAACCGCUCUCUUCCCAAAUGACCAGAACCCCCUCCCCGGCAUCCUAUGACAGCAGAAACACUUUACCACCUGCACAGCCAAGAGUAACAUUUUCAGAGGACCAAAACCAGCCCCAGACCUCAGGCCUUUUCACUGACCAUCUCCAUUCAGUGGCUGAACCUCUGUUUGCAAGACAUGGACAUACUCUGGAUGAAAGCUCGUCUCCAUCCAGACAUCUGUCCUCUACUCUGUACUCUCCCCCCAGGAGAAAGCUUCAAAGAGAGACCGAAGAAGAGGCAGUUGAGUCUCUGAUGGCGUUCCCGGAGCUGUUAUCUGACAGACAGCUCCCUCGUGUCCCCCACGAUGAGGUGGCAACCUCAGGUGACUUUUCCUCUGAUCUCAGUCCACCUCGCAGUCCUCAGCUCAAGAGCACUGCACGAGACGCACCCAGUGCAUCGAAGCUACAUCCUGUCUUCUCCAGUUCAGAGUCCUCCCCAGAGCCUGAGAAGAUAAACCUAGAAGAUCUCACAGGGAUUGAGCCAGAACCCGGCCACAUUCCAGAGCUUCUCCUGGACACUGCUGUCCCUCUCUCUGAGGAGGCCCCUGACGGCCCCACUGUCCCCCGCCCACAGACUCCACAGGACCUCCUAGAAGCCCUGAUAGAUGCACAGGGCCAAGCGGUCCCUCAAACCUCAGGUGAAUUGUCUUGGGAAGAAAACAAAAAAGACCAGGAGCAGAGAUGGGAAACAGAGAGAAAAGAAAAACAGGAACAAAGGCAAAGAGAGCAAGAGGAGGCCAGAGAGAGGGAGCUGCAAGAGCUUGAGAGGCUGGAGAUGGAGAUGCUUUCACAAGAGAUGGAAAAGCCAAGAGAGGAAGAGGAAGUACAAGAAGAAGAAGAAGAAAUGGGGUUGAAGAAAGGAGGAGAAGAGGCAGAGAAUGCCGGGGAGGAGUCUAAAGAUGAAAAUCCUUUGGAGAAAUACAUGAAGAUGGUCCUGGAAGCAAGAGAAAAGCAGCAUGCACAGAACCCGCAAAGUGAAGAGACGGCACAUGUGAGCCCUGAAGCCAAGAGUUUGUCUGAGGAGAAAGAUAACAGCAUUGCAGCAUAUUCACACAAGGAUGAAGAUGAUGAUUUCUGGUGAACCACUGAAUUAUACAAGG